AUGGAGUCCAGCGGCACGACCGCGACCAUGCGGCCGGGCGCGCGUUUGCUCCUCUCCUGCCUUGCCGCCGGGGUGCUGCUCGUGCUCGGACAGCUCCUGCGGCCUGCGCCGGCAAAAUUGUGGCUGCCUGAUUUCCUCCUUCCAAGCAUGUGGGGCUUUGUUGACGCCGCCGCCGAGGGCGGCAACGAGAAGGUCGGCAAGGUGGUGUACGGCCAGGAUGGUGUGCCAGCUCUGCGCGUCGCCUAUGACGGCCACGGCACCUGCACGCUCGCGGACGGCCGCUUCGAGCUCUACGAUAGCAAGUGGGUCGACCCCGAUGCGGACAGGGAUCCCAACGCGCCGGCGGCGAUGGGGAGGCGGAUGCAGGUGCAGAUGGGGGGCUCCGCCCCCGGAAUGUACCCAGACGACCCCUACUCGUACUCGUGCUCGCCCGAGAGCUCCUACGUAGUCCAGGACACGCCUGUCAACGGCGCCUUCGGUGCGAUCGCCGACAUAUGGUACUUGGUUCACAAGGUGGACGAGUACUACUCCACACAGGUUGGGGAGAGUGUGAUGUGGUAUGAGCCGACAAAGGUUUACGCCCACUACCGACUCGGCAUGCACACUCAGAUGAACGCUGAUUGGCACACCCUCGGCUCCGAUGGCCCCACCUUCUCCGUGGUCAUCUCUGACUUCAAGACGAAGGACGGAAGCGACGACCCGGAGCACUACGGCGGCAUCGCUCCCGAUCUCCUCGCGCACGAGCUGACUCACGGCUACAAUGCGUACCGAGUGUGGCGAGGGCCGUGGGGCGAGGUGAUGAGCGACAUCGGCGGCGAGGCUUUCGAGGCCUGGCUCAAGGGCAAGGCUGACUUUAUCCGAGGGCCGGAGACCUGCCGCCUCGCCUCGUGCACCGUCGCUGAGGUGGAGGAGCCGGAGCUGGACAUGAAAGGCCCCAUCGUGGGAGACCUCGUGGCAACGGCGGAGAAGGAGGCGCACGCGGGGGCGCUCUUGCUGGGGCGCAUUUUUUACCACUCGAUCCAGCCGGUAGAGGGCUUGGUGCCGCCCGAGGGCUGGGUGACGUGCCCCACCAAGAUGUACAAGGUGUGGAUCGAGGCGUCCAAGGUGUGGAUCGCGGGCAAGCCCGUCCUGAGCGAGUCUGGCGGGACGCUAACUAGCCCGCAGUGGGUGGAGCUAUACAACCACAAGUACUUUGCGGAGAUCCUCGUCGAGACGGCGAGGGCGAUGCUCAUCCCGCGGCAGGCGAGCUUCAUCGAGGAGAGCCUGAGGGCGAUCAAUGCGUACAGCCAAAAGCUCGCCCCCUCAACGUCAACCUCGCUCAUCCACGCGGGCUCGACGCCAUCCACGAUGCGAUCGAUCUCUUGUCAUCCCUCGAGCGCCCCGCCGACCGCCUCCGUCACCGCCGCUACGAGGCGCGACGCCUCGCACGAGAGUGACCGCGCCCAGCGAUCGGAGACGAGCCGAUCGUCGCUCGGCCGCAGCUGA